AUGCGAGGAGCAGCCAUCCCCACGCCCAGGUUGCACAACAUGCCAGGGAUGUUCUUCUCGGCUCCUCCAAAAGGCACAGAUCAUUCGCUUCUGGACGACAAGACACAGAAGAGGAGACCCAGGACCUUCGGGAUGGACGUGAAGGCGUACCUGAGAUCUAUGAUCCCACAUCUGGAGUCUGGGAUGAAACCGUCCAGGUCCAAGGACAUGCUGUGUGCUGAUGAAGUGCUGCAGUGGUCUCAGUCCCUGGAGAAACUUCUUGCUACCCGAGCUGGUCAAGAUGUCUUCAGAAGUUUCCUGAAAUCUGAGUUCAGUGAGGAGAACAUUGAGUUCUGGUUGGCUUGCGAAGACUAUAAAAGAACGGAGUCUGAUCUCCUGCAUUGCAAGGCAGAGAAUAUAUACAAAGCCUUCGUGCAUUCAGACGCUGCUAAACAAAUCAACAUUGACUUUCACACUCGAGAAUCUACGGCCAAGAAGGUCAAAGCCCCGACCCCCGCCUGUUUUGACGAAGCCCAGAAGAUCGUGUACACCCUCAUGGAGAAGGACUCGUACCCCAGGUUCCUCAAGUCCAACAUAUACCUAAAUCUCCUCAAUGACCUGCAAGCGAACAGUCUAAAGUGA